AUGGCGCAGUCGAAUGGUCAAGUAGUUCCUGCUCCGUCGCCACUAGAUAUUAGUGAACCAAGUAUGGUAAUACGUAAUUUAAGGUUAUUUAAGUCAAAAUUUCAACUUUAUUUAUUGGCCAAUGACUUAGAGGAAAAGUCAGAUAAACUCAAAGUUGCAAUACUUUUAAGUGUAAUUGGUGAUGAAGCAUAUGAGUUUUUAGAAUCUAUCAAUAUUACUAGUGAUAAUAAUCCUGGCUGUGUUAAAAAAAUAUUUCAUGAAAUACAACAGUAUUAUGAACCUAAGGGUAAUGUAAUAAUUGAACAAUUUAAAUUUUUCCGUCGUUAUCAGGAAGAAGGGGAAGCGUUUGACAAAUUUUUAAGAGACAUACGCAAUCUAGCCAAACGCUGUGAGUUUGGUAACCUGGAAGAGAAUAUGGUACGAAUCAGGCUAGUACUGGGUGUCAAAGACUUGGGUCUACAAGAAAGACUCCUAAGAGCACCAGAUCUUAGUCUUGAGAAAACUAUAGAUCAUUGUAAAUCCGCAGAAUUGGCUCGAUAUCAACAGCACUUAUUAACUGAUAAUGGAGGAUUAGUUGAAGAGAAAAAUGUUCAAAAAAUUUAUGGCGAUAAAUCAAAUAAUCUUAAAAAUUGGAGGAAGCAGUCAAACUCAGCACAAGUAGAGAAGCUGUCAACAUCAGAUACUGACCAGUAUAACUGUAAGAAAUGUGGGUAUAAACAUGGACCAAGAAGCUGUCCGGCAUAUGGAAAGAAUUGUGUCAAUUGUGGAAGACCUAAUCAUUUUAAAGUGGGAUGUAGAGUUAAUAAUCAACAUAAGGUAUUGAAUAUUGGUGAAUAUUAUGAAAAAAAUAAUGUUAAUAGUGAGCCUGAGCAUAACUUAUUUGAUAUUUGUUCGGUAAUAGUGUCAAAUGUAAGUGAACAGUGUCCUAACCCUAAUAAUGUGAAUGGAUGGUUUAAAAAUAUAUUAAUUAAUAAUUAUGAUGUACAAUUUAAGUUAGACACUGGUUCGGACAUUGAUAUAUUACCUUUAAGUCUGUUUAAUAAUAUCAAAAAGAAUGAAAUCGUUGAAAAAAUUAAUUAUAAGAUUCAAGCAUAUGGGGGAUAUGUUAUUAAAUUUGUUGGGGCUGUAAAAAUGAAUUGUUUGAUUUCCAAUCAAAAUGUUAAGCUCAGGUUUGUUAUUGUUGAUGAUAAAAUUCAAAAUAAAUGUAUACCUAUUUUAGGACUUGACACAUGUGUUAAGUUUGGUUUGGUUGGUAAAAUAGAAGUUAAUAGUAUUAAUAGUAAUGAUGUGGAGAAACAGUUGGUUAGAGAGUAUAAAGAUGUGUUUGAAGGUUUAGGAAAUUUUCCAGAGGAGUAUGAUAUUAAAAUUAGAGAGAAUAGUGAAGGUUGGAUUAAUCCACCAAGGAGGGUACCAGAAUCAAUAAAGGGUGAACUUAAAAAAACACUAGAUAUCAUGACUAAGGAUGGUGUAAUAGUACCUGUAGAUAGACCAGGUAAAUGGUCUAGUAAUAUUGUUAUUGUUGAAAAGCCCAAUAAAAAAUUGCGGAUCUGUUUAGAUCCAUCAGAAUUAAAUAAAGUCAUAAUUCGAGAACAUCAUUUAAUACCAACAAUGGAUGAGAUUAGAAUGAGCUUAAGUAAUAAAAAGUGGUACUCAUUGUUAGAUCUUAAAAAUGGGUUUUGGCAAAUUAAGCUGUCUAAAGAGUCCAGCAAUAUAUGUUGCUUUAGUACGCCUUUUGGAUAUUAUAAAUUUACUAGGCUUCCAUUUGGGCUGUCAUGUGCACCUGAAGAGUUCCAAAAACAGAAUCAAAAGUGUUUUGGGGAUAUUGAAAAUAUAAAAAUUUAUUUUGAUGACAUAUUAAUUGCUGCUGAGGAUGAAAGAACACAUGAUAUAGCGGUAAAGUCUGUAUUGCAAAGGGCAAAGUCUGUUGGAAUAAAAUUUAAUGCAGACAAGUUUAUCUAUAAAAAGAAAGAAAUCAAUUAUUUAGGUAUGAUUUUUAGUAUGGAGGGAAUGAAAGUUGAUCCGGACCGAGUUGAGGCGAUUAACAGUUUAAAAGAACCUAAAAAUAAAGUAGAACUACAACGAAUCAUAGGAAUGUUCAAUUUCCUUAGGCAAUUUAUACCAAACAUGUCACAAUUGAUUGAUCCCAUAAGAGAGUUGUUAAAGAAAAAUGUGCACUGGACAUGGACUAACAUUCAUAGUGAAGUUAUAAGACAAGUGAAACACAUAAUUACUAACUCACCUGUCCUUGUUAAUUUUGAUCCAAAAAAGGAAAUAAGUAUUCAAUGUGAUAGCUCUAGUAGUGGACUAGGUUGCUGCUUAAUGCAAGAAGGAAAGCCAGUAGCAUUUUCCUCUAGGAGUUUAACAGAUUCAGAAAAACAGUACCCACAAAUUGACAAAGAAAUGUUAAGUAUUUUGUUUGCGUGUCGCAAAUUUCAUAAUUAUAUUUAUGGAUAUCAUACAAAAAUUUGGACGGAUCAUUCACCAUUAACAUCAAUUUAUAAAAAAAAUUUUCAUAAAGUUAUAUCAAAUAGAUUACAAAAAAUGAAACUCAAGCUAUUGAUCUAUGAUUUAGAAAUUAAUUAUUUACCAGGCAAAGAAAUGCAUAUUGCAGAUCUGUUGUCGAGAAAUUAUAUUAAUAAUGAAUUUGACAAGGAAAUUAAUAUUGAAGGAGUAGUACAUUCAAUUAAUAAUACUAUAAAUGUUUCGAAAAUAGCUGAGGCCACAAAGCAUGACCUAGUUCUAGUGAAAAUUUUAGAAUACUAUAAUGAAGGUUGGCCAAAGGAUAAAAAUAAGAUUAGUGGCGAUAUUCAACAUUAUUGGAGUCUUCGUAAUGAUAUUGUUGUUGAAAAAGGAGUUCUUUAUGUUAAAAAUAAAAUUAUUAUGCCUUACAGCCUGAGACGGUUAGCAUUACAGCAGUUACAUGAAGGACAUAAUGGUGUGAAUAAAACUGUACUUAGAGCUAAGCAGUUAGUGUACUGGCCUGGGUUGGAUAAUGAAAUAAAACAAUAUGUGUUGAGUUGCAAAAUUUGUGAUAGGUUUAAAAAUUCUAAUACAAAAGAGCCAUUACAGCAUCACCAAGUGGCUAAACUACCUUUUGAAAUUAUAAGUUCUGACAUAUUGACUUAUGGUGGUAAAGACUAUGUUGUUGUAUUUGAUCAUUAUUCAAAAUGGCUAGAAAUAAUCAAAAUAAAUUUUAAAACAGCUCAAGAAGUUAUACAACAGUUAAAAAAGAUCUUCAGUACACAUGGGUAUCCACAAACAAUAUAUUCUGAUAAUCAACCUUAUAGCUCUGAUGUAUUUAAGCAAUUUUGUGUAAUGUAUAAUAUAAAUUUACUAACGUCUAGUCCUAGAUACCCUCAAUCUAAUGGGACGGCAGAAAGAGCAGUACAAACUGCCAAACAAAUGCUUAGGAAAGCUGAUUUUGAAAAAAAAGAAAUACUAGACAUUUUGCUUGAGUAUAGGUGUACAACUUUACCACAGAUCGGAGCUUCACCUUGUGAAUUAGUCAUGAGUAGACUAUUAAGAACUAAGUUUCCAGUAAAUGAGAAUACUUUAAAACCUAAAAUUCAAGUUAAUGAUGAAAACAGAAUGUUAAACUAUCAAGCCAACUAUAAAGAAUAUUAUGAUAAAAGAACUAAAUCCAAAGAUGAGUUUAAUGCAAAUGAUGAUGUGGUUGUAAAUGAUGGAAGAGUAUGGUUACCUUGUAAAGUUUUAAGUAAAUUAGAUAAUUAUCCAAGGUCAUAUGUAGUCAAGCUACAAAAUGGGCAAAUAGUCAGGCGUACAUCAUAUCAUUUACGUCACACGAAGGGACAACACUAUGUUGAAAAUUAUGAAGACAAUGAUGAUAUAAUAUUAGGAGUAAGUAGUAAUGAAGAAGUGGUGAAUGAGAAAAAAAUUAAAGAUAGUCAAAGUAAUGAAGAAGUGGUGAAUGAGAAAAAAAUUAAAGAUAGUCAAAGUAAUGAAGAAGUGGUGAGUAAGGGAUCGAAUGGUGAAAUAACAAAAACAAAAGUUGGAAGAGUAGUUAAAAUACCAACCAAGCUAGAUAUUUAUGAUCUCAGUAAUUAA